AUGCCUGUUAGGGCCCUCUCUGCUGCUGCAACCUUGAAGGUGGAGCUGUGCAGUCUCCGUGGGGACAAGGUUGACCCCAGACACGGGAGGCGCUACGCCAGGACCGAUGGAAAGGUUUUCCAGUUCCUUAAUGCAACAUGCAAAUGGGCAUUUCUUUCCAAGAGGAUCUCUCGGCAGAUAAACCGGACUGUUCUGUACAGAAGAAAGCACAAAAAGGGUCAAUUGGAAGAAAUUCAAAAGAAAAGAACCCGCCCUGCAGUCAAAUUCCAGAGGGCCAUCACCGGUGCAUUUCUUGCUGAUACAUUGGCCAAGAAGAAUCAGAAACCUGAAGUUAGAAAGGCCCAGCGAGAACAGGCCAUCAGGGCUGCCAAGGAAGCAAAAAAGACAAAGCAGGCUUCUAAAGAGACGGCAAUGGCUGCUGCUAAGGCCCCCACAGAGGCAGCACCUGAGCAAACGAUUGUGAAGCCUGGGAAUGCUCCCUGGGUUGGUGGAGAACACCAAGUUGGCAGGUGA